UCGGUUUAGUUCUUCAAUAUAUUAAGUCCAGCACUGAGUGUAAUGUUUCCGAUAAUAUCGCAUAUUUUACAACAAAUUAAAGAAUGGGACGAACGGUACGCCGUGAAGACAACAACAAACUUACCAAUUGUUAGUUCACCAGUACAAGUUAUUGUACUAACGGUUGCUUACAUUAUAUUUGUUCUCAAAAUCGGACCCUACCUGAUGAGAAAUCGUGAACCAUUUAAUGUGAAAUUGUUAAUGCAAGUCUAUAAUGUUUUCCAAGUUUUUAUAAAUCUUUAUAUGGGAUUUAUGGCUUCACGGCUUCUCUGGGUACCAGAUCAUCAUAACCCUGGUUGCAUAACAAGCUUACCAAAUAUACAUAGAUUGAAGCCACUCGAAUCACAUUUGAACUACUUAUAUUGUUUCAUUAAAAUUACAGACUAUAUGGACACAAUAUUCUUUGUGUUGCGUAAAAGCUUUAAACAGAUAACUUUUCUACACGUUUAUCAUCAUGUUCUAAUGGUUCUUUCAUCAACUAUGGUUGUACAUUAUUAUGGUACUGGUGGCCAUCACACCGUUCUCGGAAAUCUCAACGCAUUUAUACAUGCUGUAAUGUAUAGUUAUUAUUUUUUAAGUGCUUUUAAUCCAAAUAUUAAAACAUCGAAGUGGAAGCGGUUUAUUACUACAGCUCAAAUUGUCCAAUUCAUUAUAAUAAUAGUCCAUCAGUUAUGGCCAUUACUUAUCGUUAAAGGAUGUACGUAUCCAGUGAUUCUUCUUUUUUCAAGUUUAUCACAAGCGACAAUAAUGCUCAUAUUAUUUAGUAAGUUUUACAAUAAAACUUACAUUAAGAAAAAUACUAAAGUCAAUGGAGAUAAUUAUAAAAAAACCACGUAAAUAGGGUCCUCUUCUAGUACGAACAUUUUUUAAUUUAAUUGAAAAUCAAUGAUAAUUAAUUGACAUUAUUAAUGAAUGUUAGUUUAAGUAAGUAAUAAUAAAUG